AUGCGCUCCGCGACGGCAGGGCUGCGCGUCUUGAACGCCGGUGCCAAUGCCGCGCCAUUGCGGAAUUCCCGUUUCCCGUGCCUCUGCGACCCGCGCCUUGUCAACAACAGCUCCGUCCUCCGCCGGCCACGGCACGGCCAUAUCCCCAUCUACCCCCGAUUCACACAUGUCCGCCUUGCCUCGAACGCAUCACGAGACGCCACUCCUCCCCAGAGCGAAGACCCCUCAACAUCGUCCUCGAGUACACCGCCGUCGUCUGCCGAGGACUGGGAAGAGAACCCCAACUUCAACAUUGAAAAGUUCUCGGAGCUGCCGCACACCAAUUUCGGCGUGAACCAGCACAUGAUCAUCAACGACGAGUUCAAGGAAGCGCUGCGGCAGAUUCUGUGGCAGUUCCGCGCGCCCAUCCGCUAUGCCUUUGCGUACGGGUCGGGCGUCUUCCCCCAGAGCGCGCUCAACGGCCGCGUGCCCACCGAGGCCGAGAUCAAGGCCAUCCACCCCAAAGCGCCCUUGGCCGUGCAGCGCGCCCAGGACGGCUCGCCCAAGAUGAUUGACUUUAUCUUUGGCGUCACCUUCACGCAGCACUGGCACAGCCUCAACCUGCACCAGCACCGCGACCACUACAGCGCGCUGGGGGCGCUCGGCUCGGGCGCCGUGUCGUACGUCCAGGACAGCGUGGGCGCGGGCGUCUACUUCAAUCCGUACGUGGUCGUCAACGGCAUCCUCGUCAAGUACGGCGUCGUCAACCUCGACACGCUCUGCGCCGACCUGAGCGAGUGGCAGACGCUGUACCUGGCCGGCCGCCUGCACAAGCCCGUCAAGAUCCUGCGCGACGACGCGCGCGUCCGCCUCGCCAACCAGAUCAACCUGCUGUCGGCGCUGCGCACGGCCCUGCUGCUGCUGCCGCCCGCGUUUACCGAGCGCGAGCUCUACAGCACCAUCGCCGCCAUCUCGUACCUGGGCGACCCGCGCAUGCGCCUGCCCACCGAGAACCCGCACAAGGUCGCCAACAUUGUCGACCACAACAUGAGCAACUUCCGCCGCCUCUACGCGCCGCUCAUCGACACCCUGCCCAACGCCCAGUUCAACGACAGCCGCUGCACCCAGCGCGGCUGGCUCGACGACGCCGACGCCAACCUGCAGCUCGCCCAGGACAUGGACCCCGUGCGCCGCGGCAACAUGGUGCGCCGCCUGCCCAAGGCGUUCCGCGAGCGCCUGUACUUUCAGUACCAGAAGCAGCUUGCCAUCCCGCGCGGCGAGUUCGACCGCAUGAUGGCCCGGACGCGCGACGAGGACGACGCGGCCGCCGGCGGCGGGUUCCGGCGCCAGCAGGCGACCGACUUUGAGCGGCGCAUCGUCGACGACGACGACCCGGCCACGCUGCGCAAACACGUGCGCCACGUCAUCCGGCAGACCAUCAACUGGCCGAGCACGUCGCAGAGCCUCAAGGGCGUGCUGACGUCCGGCGUGGGUCGGUCGCUGCGGUACAUGGGCGAGAAGAUGGCCAAGUUCCGGCAGGGCAGGAAGACGGCGGACGAGCCAGAGGCGAACACAGCGUCCAAGCCCGCGUCUGCAGACGGUGCGUCCGAGACGUCGACAGAGAAGUCGACCGAUGCACCUUCGGAGACUUCCAAGGACUCGGAAAAGAAGGGGUAG